GUCGCGCUUAGAUGCCAAGCUUUUAAGUUGAAUCCGACUUUGGCCAUGGCCUUCGCUGACCAGCGCAAGCGCAAGGUUCUGAUAGUCUUGCUUUCCCUGCUGCAAGUUCUAGGUGCUGCGGCUUAUGGAGGCAAAAAGAAGAGCAAGUUUUUGGAAGCCUAUCCAAUGGUAUUCAAAUUCUUACUUUUUUGGUGGUGUGUCUUUGUGUUUGCGGUUAUGACCGUGUACAUCAUAGACCAUUUGAUGUACAAAAGGUUUGGACCAGCAAAGGUGGUGUGGAAGGCUGAGCACAUCUUCAAAGGUGCAUCCCGUGAAGAACUUUGGACAUAUUUGGCAAAUCCCUCCAAAUGGUCGGAAAGCGACCACCCAGUGUUGCAGACCGCCGAUGUGAGCAUGGUGUGUGACAUCAAGGAUCCUCCAUCCGAAAAGGAGAACGAAGAGGAGGAUUUGGCAGCAAAGGAAGAAAAGCCCUUUGAACAUCCCAAGAAAGUUUGUCAGUCGAUAGAGCUUGGACCUUUGAAGAAAGGUCAUGGCAUGAUUCUUAGACACAAGGCUGACAGUGGCCCACAGGCUGGCAGAGUCUUUUGCGUCCGAGAGUGCUCUCAGAUAGAGGAGCCUUCAGAUGGCCCCUUCGUUCUAAUCAUGCGAACAGUGGAGGGAGGGCUGGGCUACCCUUUUCUCGAGAAUACAGAGAUCUCAGAAGUUGAAAUGUUUCCCAGUGAGGCAGCGCAGCUGUGAGAAUAGUUUGCCAUGUUUUCUCCUUGGCUGGAAUGAAGUUUGCAGGAUGGCACCGUCCGUUGCAAGAUGACUGGAAUGGCAGACGUGACAUCUCGUAUUUUCAGAUGGCCAGGUUCCAAUGAUUGAAUAUUGAACAAAGGAAGCUAAGGCUCCGCUUUGAAGGGGCCUAAGGGGGCCCUUUCUAUUUCAUUGUAAGCCACACCAGACAUAUUACUCAGUCAGGUGGGCCAGUCUCCAAAAAGACUCACAAGAGUCCGCAGUGGCUUUCUUGCAGUCGAUUGACCAGGUUGCAGUUCGAGUGAGGCAGAAGUCUUGAGAGUCUUGAGCUUGCGUAGUUCAGGACCAAAAGAAUGCAAUUGCUACCUGUGGGACCUUUCUGUAGGUCUGAAAUCAUCUCAAAAUCGCC